UAAGUGUUAAUGGAGAAGGUCCACACGUUUGGAACAACGCUCCUGACAUACAGUCAUACUCAGGAACGUAAAGUAAGUCCAUCAGCUGGAGUCUCAGACGUGUGCCGCCUUGUUUUCUGUAGAAAAUGUCCAGUGCCAAAGUGAAGAUGCGGGAGAAGAAGAUGAGAAACCAGCCCACCAGUGUGCAGUAUCCAUCCUCUCCCAUGGAUGUGGAGAGCAGCGCGCAGAACGGAGGUGGUGGUGGUGGUGGUGAUGGUCCAUCAGGCAUCCAUCCAUCUACAGAGAGGUCGAAGAGCCCUCACUGCAUUGGAUGGGUCCGUGGACACCGGAAGGAUGGUGGAAGCUACGCCAAGGAAAUGCCCAAGUACAUCACUGCUGGUGCUUUUGCUAAGGCCAGGGCAUCAGAGGUGAGUGCCAUGUUGAAAGCCGUCACCAAGACGACGGGCAGCUGCCAUGUGUUCGGAGCCCUGCCCAAACACAUGAGGAGACGGGCCAUGAGCCACAACACCAAGCGGCUCCCUCGCAGACUGAGAGAUGUGGCCAACAGAAUGCGGGAGAAGAGCCUCCAGGCUGGCUCGAAGAAGAAGAAGGAACAGGCAAAGAGCAAGAGCCGCAAGGCGCGCCGCCGGCACGGAAACCUGCUGCUGGAGUUCAACCGCCGUCAGAGGAAGAACGUAUGGCUGGAGACACACAUUUGGCACGCCAAGCGCUUCCACAUGGUGAAAAAGUGGGGCUACUGCCUCGGGAACAGACCCACAUACAAAUGUUACCGCCCCUGCUACAGAGCCAUGAGCAGCCACUGCUUGUUGCAGGAUCUUUCAUACUACUGCUGCAUAGAGCUGCAGGGAGAGGAAGACAAGCUGCUGGCUUCUCUGUCACAACUGACCAGCAAGGAAGCUGGUCCUACAUUUGCUGCAGCACCGUGUCUCUCAGGGCGAAGACAGGGCAGUGUGGUGGUGUUCAGAGCGGGGUGUUACCCCUCGCAGCCCCUGGGCCCUGUUACCUUUCUCUGGAGACCCCGUACACAGGGCUCAACUCACAGACAGCUGUGGAUCUGGGCUCAUCCCACUAUUAAACAGGAUCUUCUCCCUGAGUUGCAAAGUGUGUGCCAAUGUUGUGAGGCUGUAGUCCCUCCAGUUGUGCCUGUGGUAACACCUGUAGAGGGUGCUCCCACCCCAGAACCAGAACUUAAACCUGAAAAGACCUCUGAGGCCAUACAGAUCCCCGGAACCAAGAGAAAGCGGAACUCUAAGAAUGCCAGUGGACCCCCUGCCAAGAAGAUCCUGGGAGAUGGAACCAGAUCUCCCACCACCCCGGUCACAUGGAGGUCCAGCUCAACGGGAAUAGUUAUAAAUGAUCUCACCAUGGAGAUCGUACGCUUUCGCCUGAUUGGACCACAGUCCCACACUGUUCUGGCCGAAACUUUGGAAGCCGCUACAGCCUGUGAUGAAAUAAAUAAAUCCCAGCCGUCGUCCCUUUGGUGGCCUGAGCACUGCAAAGACGAGAGCAAGAUGAAUCUGCAUCAGCAGCAAGCUGAUAUAUUUCACACACUGAAAGACAUCUAUUCAACGGGAGAGCUCCCCUCAGGCACAGUGCUGGGUCUGGCUGUAGAUGACCCCAGGCUGACUUUACCAACAAAGAGGGUUAAAGCUUUGCCCUGUGUAAAGCAGACGCAAGAGGUGGACGAGGAGAAGAGGAGGGAGCUGAUGCUACAAGGAGUGCCAGAACACUGCUGUCAGAGUUUCCUGUGGGAGCAGUCUGUACGGGACAACGUCACCGAUAACAAGAUAUCAGAGCAGGAGUUGAACCGUAUGAGGAGUGAGGUGCUGGUGCCAGGCUCCAGGCUGGGCACCACUCCCCUGCAGGGCCGAGUCCCCAUUCUGCUGGUUCACCAGCCUGGCAAGCAGGUGGGACAUGAGAUGAGCUCCUGGGGUGCUGGAUGGGACCUGCUGCUUCCUAAAGGCUGGGGCAUGGCCUUCUGGGUCCCACUGGUGUACAGAGGAGUUCGCAUCGGUGGGCUGAAUAUGAGUCUGAAACACUCUCAGAAUAAAGGAGCCCCGCACUUCCCCCAUGAUUACCCAGACUGCCCUGCGGGCAUUCGUUUUCAGGAGGAGCAGGAGGCCGAACUCCUGGACAAGUUCAGAAGGCGUCCGCCCGCCAAAAGGACCAAUUACAUUAAACAUGGCUGUCUGGCUCCGUUCCGUUGCCCAUGGCAACAGCUGGCUGAGGAAUGGGAGCUUAUCACAAGGGAAGGAAGACAGGAGAGGAAAAGAGACAGCCCGACCGAAACCACAACAGACCCUGACACGGUUAUGGAGGAGACAUCGCAUCAAGAUGUCGCUGUAACAAAGCCUCAGAGCUGCUUCACUGUACUGAGGAACAGGAAGUCUCUCAGACUGCUCUCCGGUUGGUGCAGACCCACGACCUCUAAAGGUCAGAGGCGGCGGCGCGUCGGGGAGGUGCCGCCUCUCGACUCUUCAGCUGCGACGUUGUUUCUCACAGAGCACGGGAUGAGUCUGGUGUGGGUGCGUCUGUCGUUGUUAUCUAAGGGCAAACCGGAGCUCCAUGCCAUGGUGUGUGUGCCAAUCACAGAGGACCUGAAGCUGCUGAGCAACGGGUCCGACAGCAGCGGCCCCCAGGAGCCACCGCACAGAAACCACUUUAAAAGCAGAAUUAAACGCAGAAAGAAGGGCUCCAAGAAAGCUGCUACUUUCUCUUUGUCCUCUGACAAGACUGAGGGUAAAGGGUCAGACCUUCCCUCUGCCUCUGAACCAAACCUCGCCACUUCUGCUGAAGACCCCAAAUUAUCCUCGGAGACUUCAAAAGAUCUCAUCUUCGGGCUGUGGCCGGAUCCCCUGCCGAGCAUCAUCUCUCACUGCUCCAGAGUGACUCUAGGCUGGGUCACGCAGGGCGACUUCUCCCUGUCUGCAGGCUGUGGGGAGGCUCUGGGGUUUGUCAGCGUCGCUGGUCUUGUCAACACCCUCCUCAGCCAGCCGAGCGAACACAGAGGAACGCUGCUGUUGCGCAACCCCACGUCCCUUCAUUACCGCUUUGCUAAAAUCAACAUAGAGGUCUGAUUGAAGCAUCUGAUCAGAUGCAGAACUUGAUUUCCCAUAAACUCUGAAUUCUGCUUUAAUGGAGAAACAUGAACACAACUUUUGUCCUAAGGUUAUAUGCAAUUAGGCUGCAUGAUGCGUCAUUAACUAAGUGAUCUCACAGAAUCCCUGUGCCUUUACUCUAUCUUUCUGGUAUUGUGCCAUCAUCUACCCUACAGUGUUGGCUGAGGACUUAAUGCCAUGCAUGUGGAAUGACGACCAGCUACCCUGCUACCAGGUGUCAGUACUGAAAAGAGAAUUUUUAGUUGUGUAUAUUUUACUCUUGUCAGAGACAUCCUCAUCGUUUCAGCUGAAUAAUGUUGGUUGUUUUUGCACAUUUCAUAUCAAUUCCUUUGUCAGAGGAAUCAGUUAAAAAAUAGACCUGAAUGAAAACUUAGUUUCAGUUAGAAAUAUCAGUUAAGUGUUUUAUCAACUGGGUUUCAAAAAGGUAUUAAUUUAUGGCUUAUUGUGCUUCCUUUUAUAUCCAGACUGAAAGAUGCUGAGAGCAUUUAUGUUGGUGGCAUUCUUUUGUUUUCAAAAAGUCAGAUUAACGGGUUUGGAUUUGAGGAAUGUGCCAGUUUCUGUUUAAAAAUGCCACAGAAAAAGUUUUUGUUUGAACAUAAGCUAAUAAAAUACUGCACAUGA